CAAACUUUCUUAGUACUUGUUCUUCUUCCUCUUUCGCAUUCCGUUGAGAUCUCUCUCUCAUUCAUCAUCACAACCAAAUUAGGGUUCCCAAUUUCACGGUGGUUGAUCGAUCCGAUCGGAAUUUCGCGGUGGUUGAUUGAUCGGAGCGAAGAUGUUUGGAAGGGCACCGAAGAAAAGUGAUAGCACUAGGUACUAUGAGAUCCUCGGUGUUCCGAAGAAUGCUUCUCAGGAUGAUUUGAAGAAGGCGUAUAAGAAAGCUGCCAUCAAGAAUCACCCUGAUAAGGGCGGUGAUCCUGAAAAGUUUAAGGAGCUGGCGCAAGCUUAUGAGGUUUUGAGUGACCCUGAGAAGCGUGAGAUAUAUGAUCAGUAUGGUGAAGAUGCGCUUAAGGAAGGAAUGGGUGGUGGUGGCGGUGGCCAUGACCCAUUCGAUAUUUUCCAGUCAUUCUUUGGUGGAGGCGGAGGCCCAUUCUCCGGUGGUAGCAGUAGAGGACGGAGGCAGAGACGGGGAGAAGACGUGGUUCACCCUCUGAAGGUCUCUUUGGAGGACCUUUACAGUGGAACUGCUAAGAAGCUUUCACUCUCAAGGAAUGUGUUGUGCUCCAAGUGCAAUGGGAAAGGAUCAAAGUCUGGGGCUUCCAUGAAGUGUGCUGGUUGCCAGGGUACUGGUAUGAAGGUGUCCAUUAGGCACCUGGGUCCAUCUAUGAUUCAGCAAAUGCAACAUCCUUGCAAUGAAUGUAAGGGAACUGGAGAGACAAUCAAUGACAGAGAUCGAUGCCCACAGUGCAAGGGAGAGAAGGUUGUCCAAGAGAAGAAAGUGCUUGAAGUUAUUGUGGAGAAGGGAAUGCAGAAUGGACAGAAGAUUACAUUCCCUGGUGAAGCUGAUGAAGCGCCGGAUACCGUCACUGGGGAUAUUGUCUUUGUCCUACAACAGAAGGAACAUCCCAAGUUCAAAAGAAAGUCUGAAGAUCUUUUUGUUGAGCACACUUUGUCCCUAACUGAGGCUCUAUGUGGCUUCCAGUUUGUGCUUACUCACUUGGAUGGAAGGCAACUCCUUAUCAAAUCAAACCCUGGGGAAGUUGUUAAGCCUGAUUCAUACAAGGCUAUUAACGAUGAGGGGAUGCCGGUGUAUCAGAGGCCUUUCAUGAAGGGAAAACUUUACAUUCACUUCACUGUGGAGUUCCCUGAAUCUCUGAGUGCUGAGCAGGUUAAGGCUCUAGAGGCUGUUCUGCCACCAAAGCCUUCAUCACAGUUGACAGACAUGGAGCUGGACGAGUGUGAAGAGACCACACUUCAUGAUGUCAACAUAGAAGAAGAGACAAGGAGGAGACAGCAAGCUCAGCAGGAGGCGUAUGAUGAGGAUGAUGACAUGCACGGUGGUGGUGCUCAAAGAGUACAGUGCGCCCAGCAGUGAUGAGUUUUUCUGGAGUGUGGUGGAACCUGUGGUUGUUAUGUUAUUUUAGCCGCUGCGCGGUUUAAACAUAGUGUGUUCAAUGUAGCUUUUAUGUGGAGAUCAUCUCCUUAUAAUGUUUAAUUUUUCUUCUUCAAACAGUGGACAUGCCUAUUGCUUUCUAAAAUUAUAGACUCCCCAUUGAGGGUCAAUUGGAUUUUUGAUACAAUAA